UUUCUGACUUGAUACGAAAGACACACUUUCACGAUUACGCCCUGCCCUUCCACCCUUCCAGGUUUUCCCAGCAGUGGUGAGUCACGAAACUAAUUCUGGAGGGUGUCCGGUUAUUUUGUAUGGAUUACAAAAAGCUCAAACUCCUCUUUUUGUGCAAGAACCGCCUCCCAAAAAAAAAUCAUAGCGUUUUCGUUUCUUUAUCCGCCAUCUCGACUUCCCUCGCUCUCCGAAUUCGGUGACAAGUGUAUACAGACAACAAGAAGCGGCAGAACAAGAACUUUAAACCAAACCCCCCCCCCCAAAAGGCGAACAAAACAAAAAUGCCGGCCGCUUCGGACAUCGUUGAUUACUCACCACAUCAUCCUGAUCCCUCGCCCCUGAUCCCAACAGCCACCAAUCUUAUCUUGAUCGACAACUAUGACUCCUUUACCUGGAACGUCUACCAGUACCUGGUGCUCGAGGGUGCCAACGUGACCGUGUUCCGCAACGACAAGAUCACACUCGAGGAGCUCAUUGCGAAGAAGCCGACUCAAUUGGUCAUCAGUCCCGGGCCAGGUCACCCAAACACCGACUCGGGCAUCAGCCGCGAUGCAAUCAAAUACUUCGCCGGCAAGAUUCCCAUUUUUGGUGUCUGCAUGGGACAACAAUGCAUCUUUGAUGUGUACGGCGGUGAUGUGAGCUUCGCCGGGGAGAUUCUGCACGGCAAGACGUCACCCCUGAGCCACGAUUCCAAGGGUGUCUAUGCCGGCCUACCCCAGGGUCUGCCCGUGACCCGUUAUCACUCACUGGCCGGAACCCACGUCACUCUGCCCGAGUGUCUCGAGGUCACCUCCUGGAUCGCCAAGGAGGAUGGCUCUAAAGGGGUCAUCAUGGGUGUCCGCCACAAGGAAUACACCAUUGAGGGGGUGCAGUUCCACCCCGAGAGCAUCCUGUCGGCCGAGGGCCGCGUCAUGCUGAGGAACUUCCUGCACUUGCAAGGCGGGACAUGGGCUGAGAACGAACGGCUGCAGAGGGCCACCGAGGGGAGCAAGAAAGCGUCGAGCGCGCCGGACGGUGACGCGAAGACUGCCGCCAAGCCAAAGAACAACAUUCUUCAGAAAAUUUACGCCCACCGGCGGGCCGCCGUGGCCGCCCAGAAAGAGAUUCCCUCCCAACGUCCCUCCGACCUGCAGGCCGCCUACGACCUGAACCUAGCGCCACCCCGGAUCUCUCUCGUCGAACGCCUGCGCAACUCGCCGUUCGAUGUCGCUCUGGCGGCGGAGAUCAAGAGGGCGUCGCCUUCGAAGGGCAUCUUUGCGCUCGACAUAGACGCGCCUACCCAGGCCCGCAAGUAUGCGCUCGCCGGCGCCAGCGUCAUCUCGGUGCUUACCGAACCGGAGUGGUUCAAGGGCAGCAUCGAGGACCUCCGGGCGGUGCGUCGAGUCCUCGACGGGAUGCCGAAUCGGCCCGCCGUGCUCCGGAAGGAGUUCAUCUUUGAGGAGUACCAGAUCCUGGAGGCCAGGCUCGCGGGCGCCGACACCGUGCUGCUGAUCGUCAAGAUGCUCGAGCCCGAGGUCCUGGAACGGCUAUACAAGUACUCGCUGUCGCUGGGGAUGGAGCCGCUGGUGGAGGUGCAAAACAGCGAGGAGAUGGCCAUUGCCAUCAAGCUGGGAGCCAAGGUCAUCGGCGUCAACAACCGCAACCUAGAGAGCUUCGAGGUCGAUCUGGGCACCACCGGCCGGCUGCGGAGCAUGGUGCCCAAGGAUACCCUCCUGUUGGCUCUCAGCGGCAUCAACUCCCACCAGGACGUCCUCGACUGCAAGCGGGACGGCGUCAACGGCAUCCUCGUCGGAGAGGCCAUCAUGCGUGCUCCGGACGCGACCAAGUUCAUCAGGGAGCUGUGCGCCGGGCCGGACGCGCCGGCGCCCGAGUCGUCGUCGUCGGCCAAGCCGCUCCUCGUCAAGAUCUGCGGGACACGGAGCGCCGAGGCCGCUAUCGAGGCCGUCAAAGCCGGCGCCGACCUGGUCGGCAUGAUCCUGGUCCCCGGUACGAAACGGUGCGUCUCCCACGAGACGGCACUCGCCAUCUCGGAAGCCGUGCACAGCAGCAAGAAGGCGGCGCCCGCCGCCACGGAAGCCGUCCACGUCCCCCAAACGGCGACGGACUUCUUCGCUCUCACCGGCGAAACCCUCCGCAAGAGGGCGCCGCUCCUGGUGGGAGUCUUCAUGAACCAGCCCCUGGCCGAGGUGCUCGAGAAGCAGCGGCUGUACAACCUCGACGUGGUCCAGCUGCACGGCGACGAGCCGCUCGAGUGGGCCAGGCUGAUCCCCGUGCCCGUCAUUCGCAAGUUCGGGCCCGGACAGGUCGGGCUGGGGACGCGCGGGUACCACGCGGUGCCGCUGCUGGACUCGGGCGCCGGGUCCGGGCAGCUGCUCGACGUAGACGCGGUCAAGGGGGCGCUGGAGCGGGACCAGGGCUUGUCCUUCCUGCUGGCGGGCGGGCUGGGGCCGGAAAACGUUGCCCAGGCGGUGGCGGCCCUGGGUCCGCUCGCGGAGAGGGUGCUGGGUGUGGACGUGAGCAGCGGCGUCGAAGCUGACAGGCACCAGAGUCUGGACAAGAUUAGGGAGUUUGUAAAGGCCGCCAAGGCGAUCCGGUAGUUGUCUGUCUGCUGUCUCCCUCCAAGCCCAAGAGGGCAUUCAGAGAUUUUUUUUCAUUUACUGUUGAUGUAUCUCGGCGGCCAUGGGAAUCAGGCGUGACCUAGGCUCUUGCAUGCAGCCGGCUCGGACCGGGAAAGUUGCCAGAUUCCGUCAAGGUUUCAAAGACUGGACGUGAACUCUGUACUACCUCCCCCCCCCCCCCCC